AUGUUAAUACAUAUUAAAGUUCUUAACAAUCCGGCAUUAGCCGAAAUUCAAUUAGAAGUAAGUUUAAUUUAUCUUUCAUCAUUAUUAUUGAUAAAAGAAAAACUCAAAUCUCAGGUAUCUCCAACUGAUACAGUUCAAGAAAUAAAAUCUCGUCUUUCUAAUCAAUUAAAUAUUCCUAUAAAUCAACAAAAAUUAGUACUUAAAGGUAAACCAUUACAUGAUGGAUCAUUAGAAGAUUAUCAUAUUGUCGAUGGUUCAAAAUUACAUUUAAUUUUAUCAACAAAUUCGACAAUAUCAACAAAACCAAUAAACAAUGCAUUUCUCAAUGAACUUCAUUCACUUGCUUCAAAAUGGAUUCAAAAUGCAAAUGAACGUGAAGCAUUUGUAAAUGCUUUUCAAAGAGAAAUGAAAAAAGCUGUUGAUCAUUUAAGUUUAGAUGACAUUGAAAAAUUAUGUUCUGAUCGAUUACAUCAAUCUUUUUAA